CCUAAAAAAAGGUAGGCGUCAGCUCCUGCGGGCGAGGGCCUGGGUUUCCAGUCCCAGCCCUGCCCGGUGGUUGCAAUGUGGUCUUAGGCAGGGAGCAGGUUUCUUAGCCUUUUUGUGCCUCAGUUUCCCACCUGUAACACCUCCGUCACGGGGUGUAAGAGUUAAGUGAGAUAUUUUCUCUUAAACCAACAUUUUACUUCUUCCACAUCUAGGAGCUAGAGGAGCGUUUUGUUGCUUGAAGGGUCAGAUAAUGGUGAAGAGGUGGUUAUUUUGCAGAUAUGCAGUCUUUCAGUUGUGGAACUUGGUGCACAUUCAAAACAAAACCACUCAGCUCUGCCCAGGGAGUUGUCUUUUUCACAUUUGUAUAUAUUUUCAUGAGGCCAAUGUCAAAGGGUUCUCGUGCAGGCUCUGCCCCUGCGUGAGGCGCUCGGCCCCUCCAAACCCUAGGUCCUCGUCUGUAAAUGGGGAUAUUGACCCAUCUUUCAGAUUGUCGCAGGGAUUCCAUGUGAGCAUGUCGGUAAUGCAUGGGGGCGGGUAGCGGCCAGUCACUGGGAGCUGCGGUAGCUACUGUUGGAGCUCCCUGUGUGCUGGGUGCCCCAGAUGUCCACCAGGACAGUCAGCCCCGGGUUUUCACCCCAGGCUCCCUUUGCUGGAUUGAACUUUGUCCUCUUUCUUAACAGUGCCCCUGGAUGGUGAUGUCUGGGCCCCCCAUGCAGGCCUCCCUCACCUCCUGGCUCCUCCUGCUGUCCCUGGUUCACUGGACAUCUGACUUCCUGUCAGACUAUCCACUUGGAGGGCCUAGAUGUCCCCAGCACCCAGCUUACCAGAGAGUCCACUGACGGGGACGUGUUGGGGACCUGUUACAACAGUGCUGGUGACGAUUAGCCUGCCCAGACUGAAGCGGUCCAGGCUGAAGGUGAGGUUCUGCACCAACGAGUCGCAGAAGUCCCUGGAAUACCUAGUGGGGCUGCUUCGGGGACUGGGCUUUGACAUCUCCGAGGGAGACGUGACCGCCCCGGCCCCAGCCACCUGCCUGAUCUUGAAGGAGCGAGGCCUGCGGCCACACCUGCUCAUCUCUGAUGGAAUCCGCUCAGAAUUUGAUCAAAUCGACACGUCCAACCCAAACUGUGUGGUCAUGGCAGAUGCAGGAGAAGGCUUUUCUUAUCAAAACAUGAAUAAGGCCUUCCAGGUGCUCAUGGAGCUGGAGAAUCCUGUGCUCAUAUCACUGGGAAAAGGACGCUACUACAAGGAGACUUCUGGCCUGAUGCUGGACAUUGGUGCCUACGUGAAGGCUCUUGAGUAUGCCUGUGGUAUUGAAGCCGAAGUGGUGGGGAAACCUUCUCCUGAGUUUUUCAAGUCUGCCCUGCGAGAGAUGGGAGUGGAAGCCCACCAGAAGCAUGGAAGCUGCCAGGCAUGUAAAAUUGGAAGACUUGUUUCAUUUCCAAGGAACUUUCUAGCAAGAUGGCCCCCGGAGCCCCUGGCAGCAAUGGACAGAGUCCUAAGUCGGAAUGCUGUGAAUGUUCAGGUUUCAGGACUCCUGCUUGAGAAGGGUAAAGUAGACUCUCACGCUGGGGCUUAUAGGUGGCCCAGCCGCCUGGGCCAAGCCCCUACCAUCUCCUCCCAGGGGAGCUGUGUGGAUACCCAGGGGACGCUGGCUUCGCAGGCCCCCAUAGAAUCACCUGUGUGUGCCGCGGGCUCUGCCGCUGGUCCCACUUCAGGGAACACACGUAACCACUGGCUCUUUCUUCUUUAGUGACUGAUGAUUUCCACACAGCUGUGUGGUAGCUUGAUAAAAACACAAAUCUGGACUUGGCAGUCUUCUCCAACAUCAGUCAUUCUAGAAAAAAAAUUCCAAUUUUUACCGUAUCUGGGUACUUGCUACUGGCACUAUUGGAUACUUAAUGUUUCUUAAAAUUGAUUCAUUUCUUAAACUUAAAUAAAUGUAUUUUAAAAGGCCCUUUGAUCACUACUAUAAAGGAAAACCAGAAUCACUCACUUACCAUAAAUAGAUUACUCUAAAAAUAAAUACAAAACGAAUACAUUGAAAAUGUAUGUCCUUGUUCUACCUAAAAUCAAAUGGUAUGUCACCAGUAUGCAUAACUCACUUUGGUAAACAUGGGAUUAGAUGGAGAAAAGAGCAGAGAAAACGAGGGAAAUGCAUGAAGUUUAGAAUAUUCACUGGGAAGGAAUGCAUUUUAUUUCAGGUACCUCCUGUGUCUUGCAGUGGGUUGUGGCUACUAGGAAGUGGCAGAAUUCUCAGCACCGUGGCCGUUGGCCAUCUCCCCCGAGCUUUCUCCUGGGGCCAGCCUCCCCCUGAAGCUCUCUGAUAGAGGCCCCUCUGGCCUCUGUUGAAUGUGAUUGAGUGACAGGGACUUGGUACCUCCAGCAGCCUGUGCUGGUGGUUAGAAAAGCCUCGUGUUUACCUGGAACCACCUCCCUGGCCUCUGGGGGCAGCACCAGCUCAGUCUUUGUUCUUCUCCACAAGCUCCUUAUGAUUCCUCCAGUUAUUUGAAGGCCUAUUCAGGAGAUGUUUCCAAGGACAGUUGCUUCAGGCUUAUUAGCCUGUGCUUUUUGGAAUUCAUUGUGUGGCCUGCCAUGGUGAAUGAUGGCAGAGGGGCAGUGCACACGCAUGUGGCGUCCCCUGCUGGCAAUGCUCUCACCCCUUCUGCUGCACCCCCUAACCUGAUUGACCCUUCUUGCCCUUCAGGUCAAAGCUCAACACCUCACCUCCUCCAGGAAGCCUUCCCUGACCACCCCACGAGGUCAGGCCUCAACAGCCUCCUGCACUUUUCCCGCCCUGUGCUUUAUCACAGGGCCUGGCUGUGUGUUUGUGAAAUUAUCUGGUGAACAUCUGUCUUCUGCAUUGGACCAGGAGCUUCACAAGGGCGGGGACUAUAUCUCCUUCACUCAUUGUAUCCCCACUGUUUGGCCCACAAAGGGCUAGAUACCAAGUUGCCAGGUCACUGGGGGCAAGAGUCCCCUUGUAAGACAGUGGACUGUCUCCAACAGGGCUAGACUGAGUUUCCUCAACAAAACAUUUCCUAAUUUUUUUUUCUUUGAAGCACGGAUAGAUAACUUACUACGUCCAGGCACUGUCCUUGAUGCUUAACUUGUGUGAUUUCAUUUCAACACCACCCGAGAACUUGAGCUCAUUGCAACAGAGUGAGACUUGAGCUCAGUCCGUCCAUUCUGCUGGUCACAUAGGGGCUGCCUCAGUUUCCACUACCCUCAAGCCCCAACUCCGAGAUGGAAGGCAAAUUCCAUCUGGACUCCCGUCCUCACAGGCAGUGUUCAAACUGGUGGGUAAGAUUUCUCCUGCUUGUGAAUGCUUCAAGGUCAUCGUUUUGGUUUUCCUUGACUUUGGUUUGUGUAUUUAUUCAUUGGUAAGCCCUACCUAGCAUCUGAAUUCCAGAGAGGAAGCUUGCGGAAUAACUGUCGCUUUCAGAGCUUCUGUCCCAUCAACAUCAGGACACUCACCCUGUUACAGGAGUCCAGUUUCUCAGGCCUGUCUGGCCUCUGACCAGGGAAAUUCCUGACUGGACCUGAGAGCAGAUCUGGAACACAUUUGAUGUCUGAGGCUUUUCUUCCACUGGCGGAAUCUUCUGAAAAUAUUUUGAAACUUUUAAUAAGAUUUUUGUGUUAGUUGAGUUAGUUGAGUGCUCUGUUUUCUUUAAAAAUUUAUUUACGUAAGACAAUAUGAAUCAAUUUAAAUGAUAAUAUGAAUAAUUCAUGUUGAUAUCGCAAAAGGAGACCCACCAAUGACUUGAGUUUCAGCGACACUGAAGCGGAUUGUACUGAUUCCCCAGCUCUUUUCCUUGGUGACCAAUGACAAGUCCUAUUGGCCGUGCCUCCAAAGUGUCUCCAGACGCGGACAGGCAUGCCUUAAUUCAGAACACUGAUCCACUUAGUAAGCUUUUGUUGAUCAUCAGCUAAGUGCCAGUUAUCAGCACGGGGCCCCCCACUCAGGGAGCUCAGACAUUUCUGGUGGAGUGGGAUGAGAGAACGGACCAGUGUAAUGCGGUUGGGUGCGUGCAUUGCUGGGGGUAAUCACAGAGGGUUUGGGAGGGCCCCGGAACCCAGCCAAGGGGCCCAGCCGGGGCCUUGAAAGGUGUUCAGCUGAGCUGAGUCCUGAAGAC